AUGGACAAUCCCAUUUGUUUAACAUGUCUUUUCUGUGAUCGUGCCACAAGCAUAAAUGAUUGCCUUACUAAUACUGCACCAUGCAGGGAUAGAGAUGAGGAAUGUUUUCUAGACCAAACAGUGCUUCUUGAUUUAUCUAGGGUGUUUUCAGCAGGAUGCAGAUCGAAACAGAUGUGCGACCACCUGUUAAAAGAUUUAAGAUAUACACACGGUCAGGGGAGACGAGCUAUAGGAGAUAUAGAUGUUUGUGCUGCAUGCUGUAAUACCAACCAAUGUAACGCAGAAGACUGUAGAAGUCUUAGAAAAAAAAAGAAGACAAAACGAUCGAACAGUACAUCAAAUAAUAGAUAUCCACGCUCCAUAAUAGUUCAUCAAAUAAUAGAUAUCCACGCUCCAUAA